AGAUGAAAACAAAACAAAAUGUAGGUAAGGAUACAGGUAAGGAAGAGAUGAUUAAGUUUAGAAUUAACAAUUUUAAAAUUCUACAAAUUUAAUCCAACAUUGUAAUUGAUUAUAAUGGCCUUUCGAAGAGUUAAUUACAUUGUAACCAAUCAUUUAUUACUCAAAGACGAUCCUUUGUUUACCGUUAUUAAGCGUAACAAGGUUACCAAUUCACUCGCCAAGGAGAUCGCUUUUCUCAAUCAUUGUGCCGCAAUUUUGGCCUUAGUUUCCGCUACCAUUGGUUUAAUGUCCAUUUUUUAUGAGGCCAAGGCUCAUCUUCAGAUCAUGGGAUUUGCAUCCAUAUUUCAUAUCUGUGGUUCCAUAGGAAUUGAGUCUUAUAAGAAGCGGAAAAAUCGCUACCUUCUCUUACUAACUGGCCUUUGCAAUGUUGCCUUUUUUGGGGUCAGUCAGGUCUUCUUGAUCCUUUUCAUCCUCGUAGCUGAUGCGGAAUCAUAUCCUUCAAAGCGAGAUUUCAAUUCGGAAACUUUUUUCCAUGUUAUUUUAAUUCCUUGGAUUUUAUUGUCAAUCAUUAUUGAACUAAUGUUCCUAAUCUUAAUUAUUUACUUGGCCGUUUCUAAAAAGAUUCUAAUUAGUUUGAACAGAUCGGCUAAUUAACAGAUUAGGUAAACAAUAACACCUACGAAUUCAAUAUACAUACAUUGACCAUCUCUACAUAAUCCAAUUGACCACCGUUGAGAGUAAAUUGUGAUUCUCAGCUUUCCAUCAUCUAAAUCAACGAUUUAAUUGGCAAUUAAUCAAGCAAAGGUCAAACAUUUAAGCUGUGAUUUUAAUCUGUGUUGUGUUUUAAUCGUUAAUUUCAUUUCUCUCUCUCUCUCUCUCUCUCUCUCUCUCUCUAUUAACCAUCAAUAACAUGAUUACAAUUUAAAAGUUAAAUUAUCAAUGUGACAAGCUGAAAGGAGAAAGUAUAUUAAAUUGUUAAAUCGUAAUGAUGAUUAAGAUACACACACAUGUAGAUAAACAUUAACCAUUUGAUUAGCAAUUAACUGUAAACCUUGAACUGAAAUUGAUUAACAGUAAUCAAAACAAAAAUUGGCCUGAUAUCUGUGAUUGAAAUGAGAAUGAGUAAAUUGUUGAUUGUUGUAAUUCAUUUCGUAUUAAAUUGUUUUCCAGAUAAAAAUCAAAUCUGAUUAACAUGGUUGUCAUAUAACAAUUAAAACCAAUUCUAAGUCUAUUACCAUGUAUAUCAUUUAUUUAUUGUAACCUAACAAUUAAUUUAAUCAAUUAGAGUUACCAUUUUAAUCAACACUCAACUAAAUUGUGUUACAAUGUAAACAAAUUGUAAUAAGCUAAUGAAACAAUUAACUUUACAUUUGUGAUGCUUUUCAAAUUGAACACGAUUUAAUUAUUGAUCAUGAUCUUACUAGUGAUUAAAAUGCUAUUGUUAAAGUUAAUUCAUCUUUUAAUUGCUAUGAUCAAAUUUAAUUCAGUUCAUUAC